AGAAGUCGAAAGUGCCGGGAGAUAGCAGUCAUCACCAUGCCUAAGAAUAAAGGUAAAGGAGGUAAAAACAGGCGUAGGGGUAAGAAUGAAAAUGAAUCUGAAAAAAGAGAAUUGGUGUUUAAAGAGGAUGGACAAGAGUAUGCUCAGGUAAUUAAAAUGUUGGGAAAUGGACGAUUAGAAGCUAUGUGUUUUGAUGGUGUAAAGAGAUUAUGUCAUAUCAGAGGAAAAUUGAGAAAAAAGGUUUGGAUAAAUACCUCCGACAUUAUAUUGGUUGGUCUUCGAGACUACCAGGAUAACAAAGCUGAUGUAAUUUUAAAGUACAAUGCUGAUGAAGCUAGAAGUCUGAAGGCAUAUGGCGAGCUUCCAGAACAUGCUAAAAUCAAUGAAACAGAUACAUUUGGUCCUGGAGAUGAUGAUGAAAUCCAGUUUGAUGAUAUUGGAGAUGAUGACGAAGACAUUGAUGAUAUCUAAAUUGAACUCAGAGUUUGUGAGGAUUAUUCUACAAUUUCAGUUUUGGCCAACACCUGUUAAGAAGAGUAAAACUUCAUU